CCUAUGUCUACAAUUAUCUGUUGCAUCGAUUGUGUAGGUACAAACCACAUAUGUAGCUUAUGCAGUUUCAAUCAAGAUAAUAACACAUAGAAAAUUGAACACUCGUUCGUGUCUCUAUGAAGAUUAUUAUCGUUUAAUUCUGCAUCUCACCCUCACAACUUCCCUAUCAUUCUAGAUAACGGCUGUCGCAUACUAUCCAUCUUAUCAUGGAAAAUCUCAUCAAAUCAUCCAUACGGGUACAGCGUCAAAUAGAUAAUGUCGAGGACCUCAGCAAAUCGUUUCCCGACCUAGAGGCGUUAGCCUUGUCCAACCCAUCAUCGAUCACAGAUGAGGACAAGCGACGUGUCCUCGACUUCCCGGAGUCCGAGAUGCAAGCCACAAACAUCGCAGCCACCACCUCGCUAUCGAAAAAGGCGCUGCUGCAGCAGGCGGCGGAAUUGCCAGAUCUUCUCACCCAGGCCGAAGUGGAUCUACUGAAGAACCGCUACUGGCUCGAUCUCAGCCGGGCUGAAUCGGGGGCUCGUUCGAAGGCUGGAGCGGCACUAGUCGCCGUCUCCCAGGCACACUUCGAUGAUAUCACAUCACGGCUAAGCAAGAUGCGAGAACCGCUGUACGAGGAGAAUGAAGGCCAGGCUAUCGCGAACGCCGAGGACCAAGCCUUGCAGCGGCUAAUCGCAUUCGCGAUGGGGCCGCAAGAUGCUGCACAGGCCGUACUUGCUAAGGCGAGACCAUGGGUGAGGAAGCUAUGGGAUGAGAUAAAAGAUGAGCCCCAGAGAAGGUGGGGUUACCCCGUCUUCGUCGAGCCGGGCUACGAGCAGAUGGAUGAUUACCUUUCCCGCAGAGACGCGGUGCUGUUCCAUGCCAGAGGAGCGAUUUGCUGUGGGGAUACGAUGGGUGCGAGAUGGAAGCUGCAAAAAAUGGAUUGGCCUGUCGUCGGAAAGAAGAGGGCUGAGACAACUGAGGCUUUGGAGGCCAGAUUCGAUUCGUUGAGGGAAUCAUUUAAGUCCGUUGUCGAUCGUGCGCCCAAAAAGCAAAGAGUCAGCCACGAGACGGAAACGCGGAAUGGCGGGCUGGAAGAUGGUAUACUUGAUAAUGUAUUCUUGGUCAUUGACCGGGAAUCAAUCGACACUGUCAUGUCGGAUACGGGCUUUGUGGAUGACAUGUGGGUUUGGGCUAUAGAUCCGGACUUUGAAAAUGCCACGAAGGAGGGAGCUCAGGAAGAAUUCAGGGGAUAUAUGCGGGUCCGUCUUCAACAGCUAGUCAAUAACUUCUUUGAGCAACGGUAUUUCCACGCCGAGGAGCAGCCAUUGUCUAGCUUAUGGAAAGCCGCUACGACAAGUAAGAAUAGGGCGUUUGUGUCUGUUAAAGAAGAUGAGGCUGAUCUCUGGACUGGUAAUAGAAGUAUUGGGAGUGGCUUGAGACCAUGAAAAAUGGGCGAAAUGAGUUAUUAUUUGUUCUAGCAGAUAUCAUAUCCAUGGGUGCCGUUGACGAAAUACUAAUUCGAUGAAGCUGUCAACAAUGUGCUGUACAAACUUAAGAUUAAAAAUCACGUUCUAAUGAGCCACAAGGAAAUCAUGAAUGGCGUACGAAUACUGCUGGGAAGGUUGGGAAGGUUCGAGGGACAUGGUGGGGGUAUUCAGGAACCCCACCACCCCGAAAACCAGGGCUUAUCUAGAUCUUUUUCAACAAUACAAC